AUGGCCAGUAUCGUGGAAGAUUAUUUGGAGAGUCCUGGAAUGGAACAGGAGACAGACGAUGUCUUCCCCUGUAAAGGUUGCGGAGAGAUCCUCGAGGAAGGCAAAGCGUUCGAAUUAGCCGGCAACCGAUGGCAUCUAGAUUGCUUCCGUUGUAACACCUGCGGAACACUUCUCGACUCCGACGCGAACCUUCUACUACUCGGCGAUGGAUCUCUCAUCUGCAACAACUGCACAUAUAGCUGCAGCGCCUGCGGCAAUAAGAUUGAAGACCUAGCUAUCCUUACUGGGGAGCAGGCGUUUUGUGCCACAUGUUUCCGUUGUCGCAACUGUAAACGCAAAAUCGAGAACCUUCGAUAUGCACGCACUUCCCAAGGCAUAUUCUGCAUGGGCUGUCACGAAACUCUGAUGGCUAGGCGUAGGAAAAAAUCAAAGGCUGCAGCCGCUGCAAAAGCAAGAGAAAAAGAGCAUUCACCUAUGAUCACAGAGAAGUCUUUGCCCGCUCUUCCUGCGAAUGCUAUACCACCAAACGCAUUUUCCAACGACCGGGUAGAUCCUGAUUCGGAUACCGCCACGGAGCUCUCUCCACGACCCCGGAAUCACACCCGCCAUGAGUCUUCGUCUCGCAGCAGUUCACGACCAGCUCGUUCUCCUGAGCGAAAGCCCGACGGCUUAAAUCUGCCCUCUACGACCUACCGAAGCAACCGCAACUCAACCAUGGUUUCGAGGAACGAAAACAAUACUAACGAUGAUGGCUUCCUUAUCUCGGUCGCCCUGGAUCCCAGCCCACACCCAACGCCGAAAUCAACUUCUGAUAAUCUGGGAGAGGGUAAAUCGAAGGAUGGAGACUAUUUCGGUUCGGCAAAGCCUCCUUCUGAGAAGAGAAACGACUCUCGUACUUCAACCCCACAUAUUGCUUUCCAAUCGAAGGGCCGUCAAGCAUCUACUUCAGAACAUGACAUCCCGCCCAAGCUACCUGAUCGAAAGCAUUCCAAAUCCUCACAACGGGAGUCCGCCAAACCAUCACCCGCUAUCGAUGAACAAAAGACAAGCGGUCGUCGCCCACCCACAGAGGACUUUAAGCUGCAAGAGGCCCCCAAGAGCAAGAAGCUUCUCUCAAGGAGCAGCUCGCAAUCGUCCAGUAUACCUGCUGAGACGAACUCUGUAAGAACUAGCAAUGGACAACCAAGUAAGGCUGGCCAAGGCAGUCUACCUCACACUGAUAGCAACGCAACCACACCUGCCUCUCGCUCGUCGCUGGAGUCGAGGUAUCUGGAUGAGGAGGAGCUUCGUGCAUCAAUGGAUUCAUCGACCAGAACAUCUUCUAGACCAGAGAACGCAAAGCCGCUUGCUAGGAAGGAUGUUCCCUCUUCUUCCGGCAGAAAUGGUAUUUAUUCAUCCAAGUCCCCGGGCUACUCACAGACACUGACAGAAAGGUUAGCGAAUGGCAGCAGCCGCCAACAGAGCCGACAAGAAUCACCCGAAGAUCCCACUCCUACGCGCCAAACCCCGUCUCGAAGCAUUUCGGAGCAAAAGAAGACCUACACGCAACCACGUUCGGCACCCGCGCCUCCAGGCUCCCAAAGGGGCCAGAAAGAUGAAAAUGGCGAGCCCAAGGUCUCGCCAAAGCUACCUAGAUGGAGCAGUGGCGGCGACUUUAGCAUGGACGAGGAUAUGGCACGGAUACUAGGCACUGACGAAGGCUCUACAUCGAUUCUCCGCAGAGUUUCCAACGCGGUAAGACACGGUCGCACCGGCAGCGUGGAGUCACCCAACCAGAUGCAUCCAGGGAACAGACACACCAGGAGCAUCAGUGAAACUACACGAGCCACUGGAUCACCCCGCUGGCCCAGGACACCAGUCGCUGAUGAUUAUCAUGCGCAGGACAUCAGCAGCCCCAUGUCACUGACAUCGGGUGACGACCCUGCCUUCCUCAAACGACAACUACGAAACUCCGAGCAGCGAGUCGCGGAGCUCGAAAGGCAGUUCACUACCGAGAAAGAUCUUAAGAGCCUUAACAGGAAGCUUGUGGAGAAGCGAAAGACGGUUUCUGUUCUUGACACACAGACUGAGAUUAUGAUUCGACAGCUGGAAGUGUUGGCUGGCUAUGUUGAGCGAGCCAAAGAAACCAAGACACCCGUAGACCCUCGAGAUUUGGAAGAGUCCGCGAUCAAGGAGUUUGUUCAGAAACUCGAUAAGGUCAAGUCGGCUAUGUCAGCCGCUAUUGAGCAGCUUCAUGAGGAGCGUGACCUAUUGUGUGAAGAGAAGGACCAAGCCAUUGCGGAUCGAGACCGCGCUCUCCUUGAGUUUGAGCAGUUGUCAUCCAAGAACGCACAGCUUGCUGAUAUGAACAACGAUUUGACACAUCAGAUUCAAGAACGCUUUAAAUCACAGAUUGGAGGCGACAUUAAGUCUCCUGGCGCUCUUGGCAUCUAUGGCGUCGGUAAGGGCCUCAACGCCUCGUCGCUCAACCUCGACGCUGCCAGUCUGUCAACUGGAGCCACCUUGGUUCCCGCUGAUGAGGAGCCUAUCGUCGAAGCCGGCCCUACUGUGGUACAGGUCAGAAAGGGUCAGGCUAAGAAGUUCAACUGGAAGAAGGGUUCCAAGGGAUUGGCCCAGGGUGUUGCCAAGGGCGUCAACAGAGCCGUUGUCGCAUUCCAGAAUGACCGCGAGAGAAUGCAGCAACAGGGUGGACUUACCGGAGAGAAUAUUGGCAUGCCCUACAAUAUGACAGUCGCCCAAGUUGAGGCUCCAGCUGGUGCUCCUUCUAACGGCCAUGUCACACACGACAAGCAUAGUACUGCUUCAGCGCUAGCCAAGAAGCAGGAGGAGCGCGAACGUGAGCGUCAAGGCUUUGGAUUCUUCGGAAAGAAGAACGCCAUGCCCAAGUCUGGCUCCGGAGGUACUAUGAAUGCCGCCGAUGCAGCCGAACCUGCCACAGUUCUCUUUGGAUCCGAUCUCGCAGAGCGAGCUGACCACGAACGACGACAAAUCCCUAGCGUGGUAACAAGAUGUAUCGAAGAAGUUGAACUGAGGGGCAUGGAUCAAGAGGGUAUCUACCGAAAGACUGGUGGUAAUUCACAGGUCAACAUGAUCAAGGAUGGUUUCAGCAAGGACGAGAACUUUGACAUCUCGGAUCCCGACCUUGACAUCACAGCUGUUACCAGUGUGCUGAAGCAAUAUUUCCGCAAGCUUCCAGUACCUCUACUUACGUUUGAUGUGUACGAGCGCGUUCUUGAGUCGAAUGCCAUUGUGGAUGAAGAGGAACGAAGCGAUCACCUGCGUAAGACGUUUGCCUCGAUGCCCCAACGGCAUCGUGAUUGUCUUGAGUUUCUCAUGUUCCAUCUUGCACGCGUUGCUCAGCGUGAACCUGAGAACUUGAUGUCUCCCAAGAACCUGGCUGUCGUGUUUGCACCUACCAUUAUGCGCGAUACAAGUCUUGAGCGUGAAAUGACAGAUAUGCAUGCCAAGAACCUUGCGAUACAGUUUGUCAUUGAGAACAGUAAUACGAUUUUCGAGGAUGCUUAG